AUGUCCUUUCAAAGGGCACCAAGAGUGCUACAAACACCAUCAAAGCGACAUACACAGCAGUACAUCCCUGAUUCCGAUGCAGACUCCACUAUCUCGUCCCUGGCUACUCCCACCGGCGCAACAACACCUCGUCCUGACGUAGUGUACGCUGGCACAGAUACCGGGCUUUACCCAGCUCCACCCUACCAUUCGACCCCUGUGAACCAGAGUGCAUUUCCAGUCCGGAGUGCUACUCCUAAGGGUAACGAUGUCGAAACGACGACAGAUACAGUCCCGGCGGAUUCCAUAUUUGUACACCUCAAGGGAAGAAGCAAGGAGAGAGCCCGCUGCCGGGCCAUUUGUCAACGUGCCAUGAGAACCCUUGGGAUUCAGGAGAAGGCCUAUGACCAUGGCGUCGCAGUUGAUGUUUUGCGGCGGAUUGGAAAGGUGAUUGGGGAUGAGAUUGAACCGGAGAGGAAGGUGGUUGAAGAUGCCCUAACCGACAGACGAGAGUCACUGGUGCAGCUGCGGUCAGCGGAGAUAGAGGUUGAAUUGGGAAUGGAGAUGAUUGAUGAGCUUCUUGGGGGCGAGCUUGGACCUCACGAGCGUGCGGAGCUUGGGAACGCAGUAUGGAGGCUGAAGGCGGAUGUUGAUGACUUGACUCGCAAGUACGAGGAGUUUGAUAAGUUGUUUCAAGACAAAAGCAAGGAGCUGCGGAUGAUGAUUUUGCUUCAUGAGUAUAUCACGGAGAAGUAUCCCAAUCCAUCAGCAGGAGGAGCAGUAAGCCUAGAUGGCUAA